AUGACAGACCAAAACCGGUCAGAGAUUAUCAGUAAUAAUCCUAUUGAUACAAAUCUUAAUUCCUUCCGCCUUUCGUUUGACUCAACAUGUAGAGAGAAAGGCCUCGCGUGCUCACCGGACGCGCUAGGUCAGCUUGACCAAGAAGAUCUUCAAAACCUCGCCUUCAAGCUUCUUUCGGCACUGCAGACCCUACCGGCUGCUCGUCUGCUCCGUUCUGGCAGCGGAAAACCCUUGUUCAGCGAACUCUUAAGGCUUUAUACAGCGGUCGGCUCCGAUGACUUCGACUACGAUCUUGUCAAACCUCUUUUCGCAGCAGUUAUCGCCAAGAAGCCUGACGAGGAGAUUUGGACCCGUGUAUAUCACGCUGUCACCGAAUCUACCCCGCCUCCCCGACCGAUAGCCUCUUCUCUCCAACAGACCCCAUGGCCUCGCAAUACGGGCAGUUUUGUCAACUCCUCCGAACACCGAAAAUAUGUAGACGACGUGCUAAAAGAGGAGCUCGGUACUCUAUAUGUCGGGCUCCGCCACUUUCACGAUAAAUACUUUGGAGGUGUGACCGGCCUUACGACAGCAUCUCAAGCGGUUUUCGAUAAGUGUAAAGAAGGCAGCAAUCCAUUGUUUGGCCAGGGUGGGUGGAGCGGGUGGCCGCAGGAUGCGAACCAGGACGGCGUCCUAAGCUGGUUUACUACAAUAAGCGACAGGCUAGCAACACUUGCAGAAGAAUACAGCCCUACUCUAAUACGCCGAAGACUAUUGGUACAGCCUAAUCAGCCGAUCCAAGGUUCUACAGCAGAGCGAAAGAUAGAUGUUGGCUUUGUAAGUAGCAGCGAGGUCAUACGUCGCGGGAAGUGUCAUUGGUCACAGAUGCUUAUACCUGGAGAGCUAAAAAGUAACCCAUCAGCCGAUACCGCCUCAAAAACAUGGCUUGAUAUUGGGAGAUAUGUAAGAGAAGUGCUUUUUGCCCAAGAUACCCGUCGGUUUGUUAUUGCUUUUACUCUUUGUGGAUCUUUUAUGAGAAUAUGGGUAUUUGAUCGCUUGGGAGGGAUCGCGUCCGACCGGUUUAAUAUAAACGAAAAUGGACUCCGCUUUGUAUCAACUAUGCUCGGCUUUUUUUGGAUGAGCGAAGAGCAGCUCGGGUUUGACCCUACUAUCAUUACAUCAAAUGGUAAACGCUAUAUCGAAAUCGACCGCAACGGACGUCGGGAACACCUAGUUAUCGAUGCAAUACCGCUUGUUAUCAAGGACUCGUGGCAGUAUACAGAGCGCGGAGAAGAAGGCGAGCUACUUAGGGAGGCGACUAACAAAGAGGUAAUCAAUAUAGCACGAUAUUAUCACCAUUAUACCGUUCAGGUACGCGGAACCGACGAUGACAUACAAAGCAACGUCCGGAAGGGGCUAGAUAUUACCACGGCAGAUAAUUACCGCCCACCACGCUCGGCAAUCUCACGCGUAAGCACAGCCACGGUAGGCUCGCGGGAAGGCCGCAGUACUACGCCCAGUCAAAAGCGAUCUGCUAGCCAGACGGACGCAUCUCUGCCGCCGAGCAAGCGAUCCUGUUCGGUAUCUCCAACCAAAAUAGACAGGACUGCAUUGCCGAAUCGGAUACAUCGGCGGCUGAUUAUUCAAGACUAUGGAAAACCCAUAUAUGAGGCAAGCUCCCGCGCAGCGCUCCUCGAGGCGCUAGAGGGUUGUAUUAUAGGGCACGAAUCGUUACACGGAGCCGGUAUUCUCCACCGAGAUAUCUCCAUCAACAACCUCAUGAUUAACGAGGACGCUAACAACCCCUCUCGGCGCUCCUUUUUAAUCGAUCUGGACCUUGCUAUUAAAGAGCAACGAGAAGGCGCCUCGGGAGCGAAGGGCAAAACGGGUACGAGGGCUUUCAUGGCUAUCGGGACGCUUCGAGGCGAGCAGCACUCCUUUGUGCACGAUCUCGAGUCCUUUUUCUGGGUGUUAUUCUGGAUAUGCAUACAUUACGACGGGCCGGGGAAGCAUAAGGUGGUUCCCAAGUUUGACAAGUGGAAUUAUGUGGACAUGGAUGAAUUAGAGACAUUGAAAGUAGGUACCGUGUUGAGAGAGGAGUUUUUUAAGGAUACAUUCACUCAAUACUUUACCCCUUACUAUGCGCCUUUGAUCCCUUGGGUCAAUAGGUUGCGGAAAGUUGUAUUUGGUAAUAAUGCGCAAGGGGCAGAUCUGGCGUUGUAUUCCCAAAUGCGGGAGAUCCUUUGUUAUGGUAGAAAAUGCGGUAUGACAUACUCCUAA